GCGCGCGCCUGCCUGCUUUGACGAGAGCGCGCAGGCGGCGGCGCGAGCUCCUGUUACGCGUCUUCCGCCUUCUCCUCCUCCUCUCCGUCCCUCCCCUCCUUUCCCCGACCGGAGCGUCCUCCUCCUCCCUCCUGCCCGCCCUCCUCCUCCUCCUCCCUCCUCCUCCUCCUCCCGGACUGAGCGAACGUGUGAGCAGCAGCGAUGGCGGCCGCAGGGGCACUGGCCAAGCACGAGCAGAUCCUGGUGCUCGAUCCGCCCACCGACCUCAAAUUCAAAGGUCCCUUCACAGAUGUAGUCACUACAAAUCUUAAACUUCGAAACCCAUCAGACAAAAAAGUAUGUUUUAAAGUGAAGACCACAGCACCUCGUCGAUACUGUGUGAGGCCAAACAGUGGAAUUAUUGACCCAGGAUCUGCUGUAACUGUAUCAGUGAUGUUACAACCCUUUGAUUAUGAUCCAAAUGAAAAAAGUAAACAUAAGUUUAUGGUACAGACAAUCUUUGCACCACCAAACAUUACAGAUAUGGAAGCUGUGUGGAAGGAUGCAAAACCCGAGGAUUUAAUGGACUCCAAAUUGAGAUGUGUAUUUGAAAUGCCUAAUGAAAAUGAUAAGCUGGCUUUACCUUCUCCAGGAUCUUUGUACAUAACUACAGCCAGCAGCAACAUUCUUCAGACAGCCGCAGAUUUUAGCCAGAAGAUUGGCAUGAUGGAGCAAGGCAGUGAGGUCAAACACAGGAUGAAUCAGAAUGACGUAGAUGCAAGCAAAUCUGCUGCAAUACUGAACACAAGUAAGCAAGAUGGGCCAAUGGCAAAACCACAUAGCAUUUCGCUUAACGACACCGAAACAAGAAAGCUAGUGGAGGAAUGCAAAAGACUUCAGGCGGAUGUGGUGAAACUAUCAGAGGAAAAUAGACACCUGAGAGAUGAAGGUUUGAGGCUGAGAAAGAUGGCACACUCAGACAAACCUGGACCAUCAGGCUUGACCCUCCGGGAUAAUGGCUCCAACCCUCUUCCCUCACUUCUUGUUGUAAUUGCAGCCAUUUUCAUUGGAUUCUUUUUAGGGAAAUUCAUCUUGUAGAAAGGGAGAAAGAAAGAAGCAUGCAGAACGCAGCUUCCUUUUUUUCUUGGCCAGAAAAAAAUGUAUUUACCUACCACUUCAUUGGUAGUAUGGCCCAGGUGACCAUUUUUGUGUACAGCAUCAUAUAGGCUUGGCCUCUAAUGAUCUUGCACGGUUAGACAACACAAUAAAAAGACAAACUGUUCGGCUGCUGGACAAAAUUGUAUAUUAAUUCAUCUAUAGCAGGUGUCAGUUGCACAUUCAGUCCUUUAUGAAAACUCAUAAAUAAAGAAUUGUUAUUUCUUUCUGUGGUUUUACUAAAAGUUAAAAAUUGUUCAAAGUCUUGUAAAUGUUAUUUUAAUAAUCCUUUUAAAAUUUUAUCUGUUGCUCUUGCCUCUUGGAAAAUGAUUAUUAGACUGCUAAUCCCACUUGUUCAGGAAAAUGAUGAGGCAUUCUGUGGGGAAAUGAUUCCUCUUAGUGUGUAAAUUCCUCCUUUACCUUACUUUGCUAAUAUCAUGGCAGAAUUUCUUACCCUUGUGAGGCGGUUGUUGAAAACGUUUUUCAUCCUUACAGCCCUAUCCCAUGGUAUUUAACAUACAAAAUAAUAAAAUUGUUAACAGACA